CUAUUUAUUUAUUUUGUUUUAUUUCCCAUCUGCAAAUGGAUUUUUAGAUCAACACUAAACUCAGCAUAUUUGUAACCCUAAUUCAAAAUCUGUACAGAGAGACUUGCACAUAUUCAUUGUCUCUUCACACUGAUGUUAACAGAGUUUCAACGUAUUCUGUAAAUGGCCUCUAGAGUCUCAAAGUUGCACCCGAUUCCCUUCGCCAGGCUCCUCUCCCAUGGCCUUACACCAUUGCCGUCUCGAGCUUUAUGCACGGCGAUGGAGACCCAGACCCAGAAACUGGAGCGCAUCGCCAGCGAGCUUCUUGACCUCACCAAGCUUGAAAAGCGCGACUUUGGCAUCCUCUUCCGGCGCAAAAUGGGGCUCAGCCAGUAUGGGCCCGCAGUGUCUGAUCUAGAGUCCUCCGGCUCAUCUGGGCCCGCGUCGGCCGAAACCCCCAAGGUUGCAGAGAAGACAGUGUUUGAUCUGAAGCUUGAGAAGUUCGACGCGGCUGCCAAGAUCAAGAUCAUUAAGGAGAUAAGGGGUUUUACAAGUUUGGGGUUAAAGGAAGCGAAGGAUCUGGUGGAGAAAGCUCCGGUGGUGGUGAAGAACGGGCUGAGUAAAGAAGAGGGCAACGCCAUUGUUGAGAAGCUCAAGGAAUUGGGCGCGACUGCGGCACUAGAGUGAGUAAGUCUACCAAUGGAAGCUUUUGUCCAUUUUCAUUGUAGAAUGUUACUAAUGUUUUACUGUUUUUUUUGCAAAUGAAAAAGGUUAGAUUAUGUUAUGAGUUGUGAUGCCACACUAUCAAUUGUGUAUCACUCAUCUGGUAUGAGUUUUUUUUUGCGGUUCUUUUUGUUGUUGAUUUUACGCCUUGCGAAAUGCUAGUUUUGUACAAACUAUCUCAAAUAAAUCCUGCUAUAAUUUUGUUCUUCCAUUAUGUAUGGAGUAAAUAGUGUGAUAAAAG